GCCUUAACAAUAAAGGAGAUUAAUAAGAACACUCAGGACUCAGGUCUGAGCAAUUGAGCAUAUGUCUAAUGUGGUUGCUAUGAAGCUAGAAUUACCAUCAACACCAGUUCAAGAAUUGGUAAAAAGUAAUACCGGCAAACAAAUCCCAGAUAGAUAUGUUUUUAAUCCAAAGACUAAUACAUCAGAAUCAUCAAACUUUGAUGAUAAUGAUGAUGCUGUAGUUCCAUGGAUGGAAAGUCCCGUCAUUGACUUUCAGCAGCUGUUGUUGGACUCGCAACACGAAAUGCACAAACUUCGAUCAGUUCUCACUUCCUGGGGUUGCUUCCAGCUCAUAAAUCACGGUACAGUUAGCUCUAAAAUUGAUCAACUUCGUCAAGUUAGUAAGGAGUUCUUUGCAUUACCUCUUGAACAAAAGCAAAAAUACUCAAGAACAGUAGAUUGGUUUGAAGGGUAUGGAAAUGACACAGUUUCUGAAGGUCAACCUUUUAACUGGAAUGAUAGGUUGCACCUCAAAAUCUACCCUGUUGAUCAGCGGAAUGUUAAACUUUGGCCUGAAAUUCCAUCUAAGUUCAGGGAAACAUUGGACGCAUAUGCCGUUGAGGUGAGGAAAUUACUAGAAAAUAUGCUCAAAGUGAUUGCUAAAUCUUUAAAUUUGGAAGAGGAGAGCUUCUACAAUCAGUUUGGAGAAGAAGAGGGCAUCAUGUUUUCAAGAUUUAACUAUUACCCUCCAUGUCCAUCCCCGGAUCAAGUCUUCGGCCUUAAACCACAUUCUGAUGUAACACUAAUUACCAUUCUUCUGCAAGAUACAGAGGUUCAUGGCCUUCAAGUUCUCAAAGAUGAUCAGUGGUUUAAAGUGCCAAUUGUUCCUGAUGCCUUUUUCAUCAAUGUUGGUGAUCAACUUGAGAUAAUGAGUAAUGGUAUUUUGAAGAGUGUUGUUCACAAGGUGGUGAUAGACAAGCAGAGAGAGCGGAUGUCUGUAGCUGUCGCAAGUUCUCCUCCCCCGGACAAAGAAAUAGGGCCAGUAAGUGAGCUAAUUGAUGAGGAGAGGCCCCAACUGUACAAGAAUGUCAAGAACUAUUUGGCUACAUUCUUGCAGUAUAUUGCAAGAUCAGAAAGAGCAAUCGACGCAAUGAAAAUUUAAACUAUGAACGAUACUGGUCCUCAUGACAUUCUACUAACAUUUGAUCCUUAAAGAUCAUGAAAUUGUCUCACGGAGUGCCAAUUUGUAAAUCAUAAGAGUUGGAACCACCACAUCUACUGUCACUAACUUCUUCUGACCGUAAGUCCUCCGAUCAGCAGCAAAAAUCCGCUCCCAUCGUUGCUGAAGUGUCAUCUCAUAGAACACAGACUUCUUGAUUUGAUCCUUCUCUCUUCCUUCUUUGAUGAACAUGAAAGGGCAGCACCACUUACCAACUAUGACAGACUUGGAACAUUCUUGAGAUACCGGGAAAUUGAAGUCUGGAAGAUGAGCUCGAAGAGAAGAGUCAAGACCUCGAGCUUCUUGCAGGGUGGAAUUUUUUAGAGACUUGGUGUUCAUUUGCCAUCCUUUUCUGCGCAUGAAUUGUGGAGGGUGACCAUCAGAUGCUACAGAUUUAGCUAAGAGCAUGUUGCCGCUGAGGAAUGUUUUUGUUACAGAGAAUUCAAAUUGUUGAUAAAUGUCCUCUGGAUCAAAGGGUCUUGGUUUUAGGUCCCGGAUCCAUGGGAAGCAGAAACAACAGGUACCCUUAUCUUCUUCUUUGGAGCUUGCAUAUGCUUCUCUGCCAAUCACCAAAAUUAAUACUCCAUGUCAAAACCUCAAUCCUUUCUGAAAUAAUCACUUUUUGAAAAAGUGGUUCUUUUUUAUUCGUUGAUACACUUUAUCUUUUGCACUAUCUUUUAAAAAUUAUGUGUCUUGCGAUUGUACUCAUCAAAAUCUUAAUGUUUUGUCUCAUUGUAUACUUUCAAAAUAUCCGUUUAUAGUCUAUCAAACAGUAGUUAAAAGUACUGACAGUUAAUGUUAUGUGAGGCAAACAUGAAAAUCAAAUGGAAACAACUAAAAGGAGUAGCCAAGCAAGUAUUUAUUUUGUAGGCUAUAUUUAUAAUGUAGUUAUAUGUUUAAUAAAUUACCCUUUACGUUUCCCAUUUGCUUUGAUUGCAUAAUAUCGGUGAGAUGAGAGUGGCUGGUUGAUGAUAGGAAUCAAGUAAACCUCAUCAUAACUAUGGUAGCUGGCAGCUUGAUCUUGCAUCGGUACUUCAAAUUCAAUGGAGAGACGCUUGUUUUGAGGGAAGGGCAGAUCAUUGAUGGACGGGUCUUUGCACAAUCCGAAACACGAAGUUGGUGUGGACUCUUCAUCUUGAAUUACCAAGUAACCUGAAUUCGGACCUUCUGGAGGUAUUGAAAUGGCUUCCGGGGAUUUCUUGUAGAGAGAUAAUGGUCUCGUGGUGUACAUCUUCUGCCUUCUGAAGUUUAUAAUACUUGCUCACCAGUCACCAGGGUUCAUCUCAAGCCUGUGUUCUUAUACUUGUAAUUUGCAACCUUGAUAUGGCGUGACUGCUAAUGUGAACUAUCUGUUUCAUUCCGUAUGGCGUAUCUUAGUCUUGAUUCUUUUUUAUUGUUUGACCAACUUUGGUACAAAAAUUUCAAGAUGGGUGGCUGGCUGAAGCACUGUAUUGUUUCAUUUGGGUAUAAUGUCAAAAGUCAAAUAAAUGUUUAUGAUUUUGCUGAUA